AACGGCAACCACCAUCCUCGGUAGUUCUUAACUUGCCUGGCAAGAUCCCUGUCAGCGCCAGUCCUGCAGAGAAAAGCCACGCGAAGGCACCAGCAUUACCACAUAUCUCCACUCACCGCUACGCAGGUUCUGCACGUCAAGCUACUUAAUGCCUCCCUUUAACUCAAGGGUUAAAACCUGAAGAGUGUCCUAAAAGGGGAAUCUCCACUAAAGUUAAAUUUCCGGAUAGUCAGGCACUUACUCUGCAUAAAUCAACAGGGAACGUUGGUAAUUGUGCAAUUUAACUUAACGGUGUUUAAUUUAAUGGUGGUAAUUCUCAGCAUCGCGAUCCAGGAGCUGUAAUAUAUUUCUGUAAUAUAUGGAAUAAGUGCCAAAUAGCAAAGGUCCAAUGGGGAGCAACUGGGCGGUGACCAAAGCAGUCACACCGCUGGACAACAGAAGGAUUCCUAUAAAGGGUAAUGCUCAGGAAAUGGAGAGCAAAUACAAAUAGUGUUCUAACAUUACUGGCAGUGGCAAGCACCACUAAAUCUUAACACCGCGGGAGGAAAGAGGAUCCAGCUAAAUACCAUAUCUAUCGGAUAACUGAUUAAUUAUGGAAGCCAUUGGAAUUAUUUGAAGUGUCAUCUCCAAACGUUGCUUCCUAGAAGGUCAACACGGAGUUCAAGUAGCUGGAGCAAUUGCCUUUUUUUAGGUUCUGUAUCAUGAUGUGGAAGAUAUAUGAAGAAUUGUCUUCAUCGUUUACGCGAAAUUUUCUGUUAUCUGUGCUGUUCACGCUAGGUGUUGUCUUCACCUAUAGAUGGCUCCAGCUCUGGAUCUUCCCCAGAUGGGCUGGAGCAAAUCAACCACCUGGUCCAUUCCCAUGGCCACUAAUAGGAAAUGCUUUGCAGAUAGAUAGCUCUCCUCACCUAGCCUUUUCAGCCAUGGCAAAGAAGUAUGGUGAAAUCUUCCAGAUCAAGUUGGGCAGCCAGAGAGUAGUGGUGCUUAAUGGAGAUAAAGUAAUCCGCCAGGCUUUAUUGCAAAAGGGAGCAGAUUUUUCUGGUCGGCCUGGAUUUCCAUCAUUCAGAUUUGUAUCAGGUGGUCGCAGCCUGGCUUUUGGAGGUUAUAAUGAAACGUGGAAAGCCCACCGCAAGGUUGCUCACUCUACAGUCAGAGCCUUCUCAACUGGCAACCCGAAUACCAAGCGACGCAUAGGACAGCAUGUGCUGAGCGAAACCCGGGAACUUAUUAACUUCUUUGCUAGCCUUGGAGAAGGGGGAAAGUACUUUGCACCUGGAAGACAUUUGGUGGUGGCCGUGGCCAAUGUCAUGUGUGCUGUGUGCUUUGGUCGCCGCUAUAGCCAUAUGGACUUGGAGUUCCAGGCUCUGCUCAGCAAUAAUGAUAAGUUCAGUAAGACUGUGGGGGCAGGCAGCCUGGUAGAUGUCAUGCCCUGGCUCCAAUAUUUCCCCAACCCUGUGAGAACAGUAUUCAGUGAUUUCAAAAACGUCAAUAAGGAGUUUUAUGAAUUUGUGCAUAGCAAGUUCCUCCAACAUCGCAAGACAGCCAUUUUGGGGGUGACAAGGGACAUGAUGGAUGCUUUCAUCCAUAGACUGAUUGGUGUGACUGAAAAUAAUGUAAUGGGCCAGAAUGGUCCAGACAAGAAUGGUUUUAUGGGAAGUCACCUGCUUGAGAAAGAGCAUGUACCAUCUACAGUAUGUGAUAUAUUUGGAGCCAGUCAAGAUACUCUAUCCACUUCUCUGCAGUGGCUUAUCUUCUUCCUUAUUCGAUAUCCAGAUGUUCAGAAGAAGUUGCAGUGUGAAGUGGAUCAAUUUGUCGCUAGAGAUCGGUUGCCUUGCAUUGAGGACCAGCCCAACUUGCCCUAUGUCAUGGGAUUUAUUUAUGAAUUAAUGCGCUUCAGCAGCUUUGUUCCAGUCACUAUCCCUCAUGCUACAACGAAACAUACAACCCUGAUGGACUUUUAUAUUCCCAAAGAUACAGUGGUGUUUGUCAAUCAGUGGUCAGUUAAUCAUGAUUCUUUAAAAUGGUCGAAUCCAGAAGUGUUUGACCCAAACAGAUUUUUAGAUGAUAAAGGGUUUCUAAACAAAGAAGCCGUGAGCAAGGUGAUGAUCUUUUCUGUGGGUAAGCGGAGAUGUAUCGGAGAAGAACUAUCAAAGAUGCAGCUUUUCCUAUUUGCAUCUAUUUUCGUGCAUCAGUGUGCAUUUACUGCCAACCCAUCAGAGAAUCUCAACCAGCAAUGUGAUUAUGGUCUGAGCAUCAAGCCUAAACCUUUUACAAUCAGUAUGAGCCUUCGGGAUGGUAAUAUGCAUCUCCUAGACAAUACAGUGCUAACAGUUAAUUGUGUUAACUAUUAAAUCAAAAGGAUACAA